GCUCAUCAUUCACACCAAACACAUCACAUAACUCUUCUCACUCUAUCAAACUCACACUGAAAGAAUCCAAGAAUGGAUAACUCGAAGAAAUCGACAUUGUCGAAACCAUGGAAGAAAGGCCCUGCUCGAGGCAAAGGAGGUCCUCAAAACGCUACUUGCACGUAUAGAGGAGUAAGACAAAGAACAUGGGGUAAAUGGGUUGCUGAAAUCAGAGAGCCUAAGAAAAGAAGUAGACUUUGGUUAGGUUCUUUUUCUACUGCUGAAGAAGCUGCUUUAGCUUAUGAUGAGGCGGCAAGGCGGCUUUAUGGUCCGGAUGCUUAUCUUAAUCUUCCUCAUUUACGCUGCAGUUUUAAUCCAUUGAAUAAAUCACAAAGGUUUAGGUGGUUUCCUUCUAAGAAUUUUAUCUCUAUGUUCCCUGCUUCAAGUGGGUCAUCUACACCGUCGUUGCUCAAUGUUAAUGUGCAACCUAGUCUUCAUGUUAUUCAUCAGAGACUCCAAGAGUUCAAAAAUAAGUCUGAACCCAAGGUUGUCAAGAGUGAUAAAAGGGUGCUUGUUGAACAAGUUAGUAGUAAUGAGCACAUAAACUGGGAGAAACCUCAGAUUGAUUUGAACGAGUUUUUAGAACAGAUGGGAGUUUUAAAGGAAGGUGAAACAACUUACACUAAUGACAAAGUUGAUGCAGUUAACAACCAUGAUGAGACUGCCAAAGAGAUAUUCAUAGAGGAAAUGAAUUCUGAGUGGAAUGAAUUAGUAGAAAUUUUAAGAGAGGAUCAUCAACAAGCUGAAUCAAGCAGAAGCUUUGGAGAUUAUACUAUGGAUGAGCUAAUUACUUUGCCACCUACUAUUUGGGACUUUUAAUUUUUCAACCCCUU